UUUAUUUAUAAAAAGAAAGAUAUUUUCUGCAAAAUCAACGACUAAGAAACGAACGUGUCUGUGUGAGAGAGAUGAAAAUCAAAUUCAUUUUCCACGAAGCUUAUUGAAAACGAAUAACUCGUUUUAGCUGAAACUGAAACGAAAGAGAAACAGAAACAAUACGAAGUGUUGUUGAAUUUGAAUUUGAAUGGGGAAUCAAAAGCUGAAAUGGACGCAGGAAGAAGAAGACGCGCUUAUUGCUGGAAUUGACAAGCACGGCACUGGAAAAUGGAAAACCAUUCUCGUUGAUCCUCAAUUUGCUCAUUUACUCACUUCUCGUUCCAACAUCGACCUCAAGGAUAAAUGGCGAAAUAUGAAUGUUUAUGUGAAUAAUGGUUCACAAGGUUCUAGUUCUAGGACUCCCAAGCCUAAAGCUGCUCCUGCUUCUUCCACUGCCGUUCCUCAAAUUUCUGCUCCUUCUUCUGAUAUCGUUGCCUCUGAUCCUUCUCCAAUUGAACAAGAGGUUAAAAAUCCUCCAAGGUAUAAUGCCAUGGUUUUUGAUGCUCUAUCUACAUUGAAGGACACUAAUGGAUCCGACCUAAAUGCUAUUGCUAGUUUCAUUGAGCAAAAGCACCAGCAGGUUCCUCAAAAUUUCAGAAGGGCACUGAGUUCAAGGCUGAGGACCCUUGUGAAUCAAGGGAAGCUUGAAAAGGUACAAAAUUGUUACAAGAUAAAGAAAGAUGCCCCAUUAAUGACAAAAACACCUUCACCUUCACCAAAACAAAAGGAUGCAAGGCCGCAACAGCAAUCAUCGGUCUACGAUGAUAUGCUGAAGAAAGCAGCUGAUACUGCAGCAAACAUGAUUGCAGAGGCUGAAAACAAAUCAUAUCUGGCAAGUGAGGCAGUCAUGGAGACAGAAAGAUUCGCCCGAUUGGUUGAAGAAAAUGAUGCAGUGUUGUUGCUAGCAGAAAAACUUUAUGAACAAUGUUUACGCGGUGAAACUUUCAAGUGGGCUUAAGUUGGUCAAUGCAAGGUUGAUAAAUAGAUUAAUUUUGAAUUUGCUUUUGGUAUGUAAAAAUUUAUUCUAGUGAAUUAGUGUUUUAAGUUGCGGGGAAACUCUUGUAUGAGACUGUAUGGAUUUUGGUAGAUUUUGGAUCCAAAGUGGAAGCAAUAGAAAAUAUAAGAUUUAAUUGUAUUUUCAAUGUUGUCAUAUCGGGACAUAGAUUGAAGGGAAUGGAUCCCCUAACGUUUUUGUGGCAA